AUGUGGCGCUCGGUGAUUGGCCUGUGGGGUUUACAGCUUGCAUUUGUGGAGGCUGCCUGUCGAGGCUGCUGUUAUCCAGUUGGGCUUCCCAUGGUGGAGGGGGAAAGGCACUGUUUUGAGUACCUACCAAAUGACAGAGGGUCACAUGUUAGCAACCCUUUCAAAUGCAGCAAAUUGUUUGAGGCGCACCAUAAAUGGGUGAAGGAGGCUGCUGUUGCUGGGCCAUCUGGCCACUCCAUGCAGGACCAGAGCCUUGUGAGUAGAGUGGUUGAUCCUGUUGAGCUACCAUGGGCCCAGAUAGAGUGCCGUUGGGGUCUAAAGAAGUCUGUGGAGACUGAAAAUUCGUUUGCUGCUGGAAUUGGAACAUGUCAACAAGAGCAAGCGCAUUCUGUUGUGAAACAAUGGGGCUCGUCGGCUGAGGUUGGCUCACGGGGACAAGAGCCAGAGAGUUUUCCGUGGGCGAAUUGA